ACGAGAGGAUGAGAGAGUUGGAGAGGCGCACACACGAAACGAUUCUGCAGGGAGCGACACAACGAGGUGACAUGAAGACACUGUUGGUGGGAGUGGGCGGGAUGACCAACGGUGGGAAGUCGACUCUUUCCAAGAGUCUCCACCAGCAGAUACCCAACAGCUGCAUCAUUGCGCAGGAUUCAUAUUUUAAGGAUGAUUCUGUCGUUCCAGAGGACGACAAUGGGUUUAAACAAUAUGACAUGCUCGGUGCUCUCGACAUGGAUACGAUGAUGAGCGACAUCGACUCGUGGCAAAAAGAUCCUGAGAGGUUUAUGAGGCAGCGAGACUUAAACCCAGAACUCACAACAGCGACAGAUACAGAUGUGUUUGUGCUCAUCGUGGAGGGAUUCCUCAUUUUCAACUACAGACCUCUGAACGAGCUGUUUGACAGAAGGUACUUCAUGGAAAUACCUUACGACGUCUGCAAAAGGAGGCGAAGUGUGAGGGUGUACAAGCCUCCGGAUCCUUCUGGUUACUUUGACGGAUACGUGUGGCCAAUGUAUCUGAAAAACCGCCAGGAGAUGGACAUCACUGUGUCUGACAUUGUCAUUUUAGAUGGACUAAAACCCAAGGAAGAGCUGCUGGCCGCAGUGUGUCAUGAUGUUUGUGAGGAAAUAGAAAGACUCAGGGAGAAAGACUGAAGAAGUUGGACUCUUGUGAAGAUGGAGACAGUUGCUGCCAUGAGUGUGGAGAAAUGUGUCAUUGAAAGAAGUACACAAAAAAGCGUAGAGGUAAACUAGUAAAUGAGACUUAAGCGACAUUGUAGUGGACAACUGAACAAAGGCUGUCAAAAUCAUGUCAGUGAAAUUGAUGUCUCUAAAUCAGAUGGUCAGUUUUGUAAAGUUAGAAAACCUAAAAAUAUAUGUUUUAUUGUUCUUUAAUGAAUUGGGUACUAAAUGUAGAACUGUUUUUUAUAUCAGGACAUGUCACCUCAGUGCAUUCUAUAUUUUUGAUUGUUGAUCAUGAUUGUUGAUAUUUUUAUAUUUUUUUAAGCUGCCGUAUCCAGCUUCACAAACACAAUACACACAUGUGGAUGUUUGAAAUAUCAAGUGAUUGUGGCCUGCUCUUGAUAAUUUGAAGAAAGAAGACUGAGGUGCUGGCUGAAAUGUGUGAUUGAUGUCUGUUGUCGCCACCUGGUGGCUGAAUGUGAUGCACUGCAGACAAAGUAGUGACUGACUAUUUACAAUAAUCCUACCACGCAGUGUUUAUCUUUGAUUGUGCAUAAAUAAAGACAAAUCAGA